UCAAACAUGCCUUUCUCAUUUACCUAUUUAGGAAGCUAUGGAAUGCAAAGGAUCUUCUCUGGCUCAUUAUAUCGAUAAUAUAAUAGUUUAUUAUUUUAGGGCAAUUUGAAAGAACAGAUUUUGCAAAACAUUUAGCAGGUAAUUUCUAUGAGCUCUGCACAUUUCCUCUCAUCGAGCCAUUUCGCAAAGACACUGUGACCACAGCAGCCGGCGGACGCCGGGAGAGUGAUUUCCCUUCACAUCACACACGAAUCUCACUGCAACACGAGACCGACAGCCUCCGAGAGCUCAUCAGCAUCAGAACCAUGUCGGCACCGCAGACGGGCGAGGCAGCAUCCCCACUUCAGAUAUGCAGGAUUAUGCGACCAGAUGAUGCCAACAUUGUGGGCAACGUCCACGGUGGCAACAUCCUCAGGAUGAUAGAGGAAGCUGGAUGCAUUGUCGGCACGCGGCACUGCAACACACAGAAUGGGGACCGCUGCUUGGCAGCUCUGGUUCGGGUGGAGAAGACAGAGUUCCUGUCCCCCGUGUUCAUUGGCGAGGUCGCCCACGUCACUGCUGAGAUCACGUACACCUCCAAGCACUCGCUGGAGGUUCAGGUCAAAGUCAUGGCUGAGAAUAUCCUCACAGGUGCCAAAAAGCUGGCCAACAAGGCAGCGCUGUGGUACGUCCCCUGCUCUCUGCGAAAUGUUGACAAGAUCAUGGAGGUGCCACCCGUCAAGUAUGCUAGUGCUGAACAAGAAGAGGAGGGCAGGAAGCGCUAUGAGGCUCAGAAGAUGGAGAGACUGGAGACCAAGGCGAGGAUUGAAGAGGUGAUGCCAUCUCCACCCAACCCAGAGGAUCCACCAAAAGAAAAGCACACUGUUGGCUUCAGCCAGUCGAGUCUGAUUCAUCUGGUGGGCCCUUCAGACUGUACAUUGCAUGACUAUGUUCAUGGAGGUGUGACCAUGAAGCUGAUGGAUGAGGUCGCUGGCAUUGUGGCAGCUCGUCACUGCAACACCAAUGUUGUCACUGCCUCAGUGGAUGCCAUCAAUUUCCAUCGCAAGAUCAAGAAAGGGUGUGUGGUGACGGUGACGGGACGACUCACAUUUGUCAGUAACAAAUCGAUGGAAAUUGAGGUGUUGGUAGACGCGUCCUCACUGGUGGAGGCAGAGAAGGGGAAAUAUCGUGCUGUCUCAGCUUUCUUCACCUUCAUUUCCCUGGACAAGGACAAUAAGCCCCUGCCUGUCCCCGCCCUUAAGGUUGAAGGCGAGGAUGAGCAGAGACGUUUCGACGAGGGGAAAGCACGUUACCUCCAAAAUAAAGAGAAGAGACUGUCAGAUAAGACGCGCAGGCAGUGACGCCGCCACUCAGAAUUUAACACCUGCAGCGACAAUACAUUAACCCCACACAAUAUGUAGUGUGAAGGAAACAAAGUAAACAUUUUCUGCUUUAUGAUUAUUGCUUUCUGUUGAACCUGAACCUGUGAUUAUUAUUUUUCCUGUGCUACACCAAAGUAUCCACAUAUACUGUAUAUGUAUGUAAGAGUACAUAAUUUAUUUUGGAGAGAAUUUUAAUGACGUAUGAAGACUGUUUUUUUUUUUUGAAUCGCUGUCUCCUGUCUCUGUGUAGAAGAGUACUAUUUUGUUUGUGGAAGAUCUGAAGACUUAAUUAUCAUGUCAGUGUAAAGUGAUAAUCUGAGCACAAGGAAACUGAUGAAUAAGCGAGUGAGUAAUAAUGAAUAAAAGAUCCAAGUGCUA